CUGUGAAUAUUUAAAGUGGAAAAUGCAGCUUGUAGAGGCAGAAGCAUGGUUUCAAACAAUGAAUUUAAUGUUGUCCAUUCCUAGGCAUGUUUGGUGAGCUUGUCUGUGGCUUUUCCUCCUCUUUUAAGGCCAGCGUGGGCAGAAAUAUCUGCUGGGAUGAUCAGCUUUGCUCCAGUGCACCCUGCACUCCAGAAAUAAUCAAAUUAAAUUGCUUUUUGUGAGAAAAGCUGCAAUGGAAAGUACCUGAUUUGUAGCUUUAUGCUAAAUGCUAAAAUUCUGAUCCAUAAAAUGCUGUUCAACUUGGGCGUACUGAGAAAUGUAAUUUAAAACAGGUUCUAACUGUGCAGUCUGGGGAAAAAACAUGGUGUUUGGGUUUUGUAUUUAAAGGAGGGAUGUGUAUCUGUGUGGGAUGACCGCAACUUCCUCAAAGCAGUUUUGUCAUGGGUGUCUUGAGAUAAAGCUUUUUUUUUUUUCUUUAUUUUUAAACAGGGAGACUGAAAUAACAGCCUCAUUUCAGAUGUCAGAAGAAUCUUUGUGCAGUUCAACCAACGCAUGUGGCAAGGAGAGUCCUGAGAGGACUCUGGAUAAACCGUGUGCGCCUUUGACAAGGAACUGGGAGGCCACUGGUGGUUUCUGUUCUAAAUUUACUUUGCAGAAAUGCCUCUUUUUCUAUAAACACUGCUGAUGGCAAAGGCCAGACGGUAGCUCGGUGUCUGGCGGGGAUGAAACCGCCCUUCCAUCCCUCUCUGGUGGGGAUGCAGGUGUGGGAGCUCCAAAAUAAUGGCAUUCUGUGGACAUCACUGCGUUAUUCCGCCUGGAUUUUGCACCAGGGUAGUUUUUGGUGGGGCAGCAGCUGAAUUGUGGUGUUGGGGUCCCCCCUCCAUCAUCACAGCUGGGGACUCAGAUCUGUGCUUCUCUUUUUCAGCAAAGGACAAGGCUCAUGAUGGGUCUAGAAGAAUGUAUUUUAUAAGGGAUGGCUGAGCUGGGUUUGUUUACUCUGGAAGAUGCUCAGAGUUCUUAUCACUGUCUUCAACUCCCUGAAAGGAUGUUGUAGUGAGGAGGGGGUUGGUCUUGGAAAUGGCCUUAAGCUGACACAUGGCAGAUACAAAUUAGAUACUAGAAAAUUUUUUUUUCAUUGUCCGUGUGGUCGGGCAUUGGAAUAGGCACCCAGGUGGAGUCACCAUGCCUGGAGGCGUCGGAAGAGGCAUCCGAUGUGGUUUCGCGGUGCCGCUGCUUUGACAGUCGGACUUGGAUGAUCCUGAAGGUCUCUUCCAACACCGACGAGCUCCAAAACCCUCAGAACCGGCGCCCCCGUCCCGGCGCCGCCGAGCACGGCGCUCUGAGGGGGAAGAUGGCGGCGGGCGAAGGGGGGCGGGCGCCGCCUCGGGCCCGCCCCGCCCGCCCGCGCUCCCUCCCUCACGCCCCGCCGCCAUCUUGCCCGCGGAGCACCGGAGGGGCUGAGCUCCGCCGCCGCCUCUGCCUCUCCCCCUCCUUCCCCUCCGGCCGAGCCGCUUUCUCCCGGGGCCGGGGGGCCGGAGCCGGCAGGAGAAAUAUUGCUUUCAAAGAAUGACAACAGCUGCUUCAGCAAGUGGAUUUGCUGUGCAAGAGGUCAUUAUUUACAGCUGUCAACUUCAUUGAAUUCUUCCUUACAUUUCAUCCUUAUUUUCUUUUAGGAGCGGCAAAACAACUUAGGGUUGAUGUUUUGUGUGCCAUCAACUGAAAUUGGGGCCAUCAUGAAUAUCACCAAGGGUGGGCUGGUGCUGUUCUCAGCUAAUUCCAAUUCCUCAUGCAUGGAACUGUCCAAGAGGAUUGCUGAGCGCUUGGGAGUUGAGAUGGGGAAGGUUCAGGUUUAUCAAGAGCCAAACAGAGAAACACGAGUGCAGAUUCAGGAGUCUGUGAGAGGAAAGGAUGUAUUUAUCAUCCAAACAGUUUCCAAGGAUGUGAAUACCACGAUCAUGGAGCUCCUGAUCAUGGUGUAUGCAUGUAAAACCUCCUGUGCCAAAAGCAUUAUUGGAGUGAUUCCUUACUUCCCCUACAGCAAACAGUGCAAGAUGAGGAAAAGGGGCUCCAUUGUCUCCAAAUUGCUGGCCUCCAUGAUGUGCAAAGCUGGACUAACUCAUCUUAUUACCAUGGAUCUACAUCAGAAGGAAAUUCAGGGUUUCUUCAAUAUUCCAGUUGAUAACUUGAGAGCAUCCCCAUUUUUACUCCAGUACAUCCAAGAAGAGAUACCAGACUACAGGAAUGCUGUAAUUGUGGCCAAAUCUCCUGCAUCUGCAAAGAGGGCACAGUCGUUUGCUGAGCGCUUGCGGUUGGGAAUCGCCGUGAUCCACGGGGAAGCUCAGGAUGCUGAGUCUGACAUGGUGGACGGUCGGCACUCCCCUCCUACAGCCAAAUACGUAGCUGCUAUCCACCCCAGCCUGGAGAUCCCCAUGCUGAUUCCCAAGGAAAAACCACCCAUCACAGUGGUUGGAGAUGUAGGAGGAAGAAUAGCUAUCAUUGUGGAUGACAUCAUAGAUGACGUUGACAGCUUUCUGGCUGCAGCUGAGACCCUCAAGGAGAGAGGGGCCUACAAGAUCUUUGUCAUGGCCACCCACGGGCUGCUGUCCUCAGAUGCUCCCCGGCUGAUCGAGGAGUCUGCCAUCGAUGAGGUGGUUGUUACAAACACAAUUCCACAUGAAAUACAAAAACUUCAGUGCCCUAAAAUCAAGACUGUGGAUAUCAGCAUGAUCCUGUCAGAAGCCAUUCGCAGGAUCCACAAUGGGGAGUCCAUGUCCUACCUUUUCAGGAAUAUAGGAGUGGAUGAUUGAAGCUUCUUCCUCUAAAGAAACACCCCGGGCCAAACUGGAAUCGAACAGAGAACGAGCUGUGAAGCAUUGUGCUUACCUUCAUAUUUCCAUUGAGCCACUUCUUGUUUUUUCUUGGUUUAAGUAUCAAGGUAGAACAGUUUUUAAGACAAUAUUUUUUCCCCUUUGCAGGGUUGGUUUUUUUUUUUUUUUGGGGGGGGGGUGGGAGUUGGUGGGAAUAAACAUUUUACAAAAACUGUUCUAGUUGCUUUUAGGUUAGUUGCACUAUUCACCAUGGAAAAAUCCCACAAAACACUUGAGGCAAGAAUUUGGCUUCUAAAUUAAGCAUUCCUUUUCCAAAGCUGCUUGCUACAAGUGCUUUAAAUGAUAAUAAAAUGAAGUGACUGUAUAAUAUUUGCAUUUUAAAAGCCAAAAAGGUUGUACUGUUGUAUGCAGUUCAGUGAUUUUGUAGGAGUGCUUUUAUAGAAAAGCAUAUGGAAUAUGCACCUGUAUUUAUUUUCUGCAACAAAGAAUAAAGACUUGUUUUGUGUGAGCUUUCUAAAAA